AACUCGUUCUAUACUCUUCAAGGCUGGCAACUCGGUCUAUACUCUUCAACGCUGGCAAGACAUCUUUCCAGGAGGCAGGAGUGGCGUGAUUACGACGGUGGGCGGACCUUUAAGUCGUAGUUCAAGGUGCACAACUUGCACGUUCCAUUGACGGCGGGGCGAGCGUGGGAGCAAGGUGUCCGUGACGAAGAGUGAAGAGCUUCGUUGCUCUUCGGAUUACUCCGGUUUGAAAAUUCACGUCAAUUUUUGCCCGCCUCCUUCGGCAUGGCGAUUGGGUUUUUUCUUCACCAAGAGGAGACGUCUAACAUAUCAAAGAGAUGCAAGUGGCGGGGAGAGAACAGUCUGGAAGCUACCCACAUGCCAAAUUUCAAGUUGCAUGUCGGGAAAUGCAGCGUCCUUGACGUGAACUGGAUUUUGAAAAUAAUGAAAAUCGUUGCCUUCCUGUGUCACGGGAACCAUCACCACUUGUGCAAAGAAGAUCAGAACUAUCACAAUGUUGAAAGGUUGCUUGAAGAGGUGAUGGAAUUUAUGGCCUCAAAAUGUUUUGCAACAUUUCCCUUUUUUAAGGCCUCUGCGAAAGUUACUGAAACAAGCGAGAUGGCCGACACAGAAGAACAAAUGGUAUCUGUGAAUAAGUGUACACAGACAGAUUUUCCGGACGUUCUACCACAGAGAUUUAAUGAAGUUAGCAAGAAAAAGAAGAGGAAGAAAAAAAGGAAAAACAAGGCAGGAAGAUCCUGCUCUGAUGGAAAUCAAGCGGCUGGAGGUGAUCAUUUACCUGCAUCACAGAAGACCGGCGAUGCACAGGCUUCGAGAUCCAAUGGAACCACACACGACGCAGUUGUUGGAGCCUCCGGGCCAUUAGGCAAUGGCCGAGGAGAUGGCGAUGACCCCAAGCGACCUUUCGUCCCUAAACUUAAGCAGGCGUGUGAGGCUUCUGGUGAUGACGAUAUUGGAAAAUCUCCGGAAAACUCCAAAGGCAGAGGCAGAUGCCCAUCUCCGCCAAGCAAUCGAAGCAGCCAACGUCCUAACUUUGGCAGUAGAUCUCAGGAUGGAGAUGAUAACAUUCCUAUUGGGAUCCCAGAGAAAGACGUACCCGUUGCAUCUCAUACCCCCUGGGAUCAUCGGAGUUUUUCACUCGCCAAUGCAGAGUUAUCCCAACAGCACCGUAGCAACGAUACGGCACCUCUAGAAACCUGUGGAGCAGAUACUGGAAAGCGACUGGAAUCCCUCGACGAACCUCCAACAGAUGCACCACCAAGUGACAGCACUCCCUGCUUAAAUUUCCAGGGGCAAGGUGCAAAACCGAAGCAUGAGAAUGCCUCACAAGCGAAAGCUAAAGGCUGUUCUGGCACCUGAGCAGUCCGAUUGAAAACUAACCUAAUCGUUGGCGUGAUCGACGGGAAUGCGCGACACGUGAGGAAGCUGGGACGCCAAAUCGCCGAUCGCAAGUUUCAAGAUAACGACAAUGCUUACUGUGGUGUUCUCAAUCAGUGGCUCAAAGCUAAAGAUGGAAAUUACCGUGAAGGAAAGGAAUGGCAUAGAGGUAACCUGCUGGGAAGAGGAAAAUUUGGGACCGUCCACGUGGGAGAAGAUGCUGAAACCAGAAACGCAUUUGCUGUGAAAGAGAUGCAUCUGAAUGACUUCCGGAAGGAUGAACUCGAGAUCUGGGUUGGCUUGAACCACCAAUCCAUUGUGCCACUCCUGGGGGUUGUCAUAGAAAGGACCAAAGUGUUCAUGUUCAUGAAAUACAUUGAAGGUGGCACGCUUGCUGGGCUGAUCAACAAGGGUUCACUCGAUGAGCAAAUGGCCCUUCACUACCUGGAGAAGAUACUGAUUGCCCUGGAAUACAUGCACACUAAGCGCUGCAUUCAUCGAGACAUAAAAGCCGAGAACAUGCUGCUGUCACCGGACAAGCGGGAGCUGGUCCUCUGCGACAUGGGCUUCGUGAAGAUAGUCGGGCACGGGGACGAGCGGGUCGCCGGCACCAUCACACACAUGGCGCCCGAGGUGCUCACUAAGGUGUACUCGUGCAAGGUGGACGUGUGGAGCGCCUGUUGCACCUUACUUCACAUGCUCACCGGCAGGCCACCCUGGGUGGCCAAGCAUGGAAAUAAUAAAGAGGAAAUAAGGAAGCAGCUCCUGGCAAAAAAAUCUCCUCUCGAUGAGAUGCAGGAGAAAUUCAGCCCAGAAGUUAUGAAUAUUCUCACAAAGGGCCUGGCUCCAGAUCCCUUAAAUCGCAAAACUGCUGAACACUUGAAAACUCUAACUCAGAGUUGGCUCAAAAACAGCAGACUACCAACAAGCGGAGGUAAUAACCUGCCAGAGUCCACGGCUGCUGUUGAACCAUGCCCCUUGUCUGAAUUGGAGGGUGGGUUCUCAGACGAUGCAUCUGAGCCUGAAGUUCAAGGACAGCAACUUCUUGCACCUCCACCGGGCAGGGCAGAUGCGUCUCAGGAGAACGUGCAGAUGGUGCAGAGACCCGCACGUGCAAAAAGAACCAUGCUGAAGCCUGCGUGCACAUUUAACAUCCCACCGCAGCUACCCGGGAUACAGCAACGGAGCCGCACUUGUGUGGCCGGUGGAUAUCCCAUCAUGGAAACACAGCCACCUGGGCAGAUGAUCUGUGGAAUGCCAUAUCCUGCCUGCAUCAUGGUUCCCCAUGAGAAAACGCUGCUGCAAGACGAAGCAUGCGCUCCUGUAAUCAGCACAGGUGUUGAAGCGUGCCCGCGACGCUCACAAGAGCAAGGAUUGACGAUCAACAUCAUCUCUGAAGAUCGCACUCUUCUGUACAAAAUCAACGAGCGUCAGCAUGUCACCGUGGAUGAAGUGUGUGAUAAGCUGAGACACAAGCUUGAAGGAUUCCGACUGGUGGCCUUCAGUGGCGAACCCCUUCUUGGAUCUGAGAAACUGACGGGCGACGUGGUGGAUCUUCUGCGAAUUCCCUUGUAGCAGAGCUGUUGGGCGGUGGUGGCACACACCUGUAAUCCACCACUGUAAAGGCGAGGGUUGGUUGAUUACAGAAAUGGUGUUCUUCUCAUCAGCAUGUGGACUCUACCUGUUCCAUCUUAUCUAAAUAUGGUUGAGAAAAAGAGUGGGGUGAUGAAAAGUUGUGGUGGAGUUAUGGUGAAAGUUUGAAGAACAGGCGGAAGAGGUUCAGGAGGGAUUGGAGUAGUGAUAGUGGCUGGGGUAUUGACGGGUUGGGGUAGUGCUGGUCGUAGCUGGGGGCAGGGGCGCAGUGAGUAUCAGUCGGAUGGGCUCGGGGAAAGAUAUUGGUUUUAAGGGAGCAACGGAAGCAGGUUGCUAAUUCCCCUGUCAUUACCCCCUGUGACCGCUAGUCGCCUGUACUGUCUUUACACAUGUAAACAAUCAUUAAUACUGGUAGGAACCCACUGGUUCCACCAGCCCACAGGGAAUUAUUGUGUCCGU